AGAGGCGCCCAUCAUGGUGUUCGUGAUCAAGAACUUCCCCUCUUCAUUUGCUGUGGGUCGCGCUAGAUCCGUUCUAAGGCCCCGCCUGCGUCAAAAGCCGCCCUAACAGUCUUAGCGUCCCCUGCGGAAUGUAGGAUUUGGCGGCCCACUCGCUUGGUCACAUAGUCAAACUUCCAGCUCUGCUUUGCCUUCCUGCUUAAGAUCUAACAUCUUUUAUCAUUUUCAAAGUAGUUUGCCUCUGUUCAAUCAGUGCAACGGUAAUACCACAGUAAGAUAUUCAGAAUGUCGGAGGGGCGCAGGCUUUGGUUGGAAGAGGAGCUCCAGGAUGACCUCAAAUGGUCUGUCCAGGUCAAGAGCAUUCUGUACCAGGGGGCUAGCAAGUUCCAGGACAUCGAGCUCAUUGAGAGUGGCCCUUUCGGGAAGUUAUUGAUGCUGGAUGGCAAGGCCCAGAGUGCUGAGGCAGAUGAGUUUGUGUACCACGAGUCCCUGGUUCAUCCCGCCCUGCUCUCCCACCCAAACCCCAAGAAGAUCUUCAUCAUGGGUGGAGGGGAGGGCUCAACCGCCCGCGAGGCCCUGCGCCACAAGAGCGUCGAGAAGGUAGUGAUGGUUGAUAUCGACCAGGUCGUCGUUGAGUUCUGCCGCGACUACCUGCCUGCGAAUAAGGAGGCCUUCGAGGACCCCCGCCUCGAGGUCCUCUACAAUGAUGCCCUAGUCGAGCUGGAGCGGAGCACCGAGCAGUUUGACGUCAUCAUUGGAGAUCUGGCGGAUCCAGUAGAGGGUGGCCCAUGCUACAAGCUCUACACCAAGGACUUCUACGAGAAGAUCCUGAAGCCCAAGCUGGCCCCUGGCGGGAUCAUUGUCACGCAGGGUGGCCCCGCCGGCAUCCUCUCGUACAAGCUGGUGUACUCGUCAAUCCACAACACAUUGGCCCAGGUGUUCAAGCACACCCUGCCGUAUGCGACCCACGUGCCGUCCUUCGCCGACCAGUGGGGCUGGAUCAUGGCCUCGGACGAGCCGCUGAAGGAGCCAGUCGUGGCGGACCUUGACGCGGCUAUUGCAAAGCGGAUCAACGGGGAGCUUGGGUACCUAGACGGCCGCACCCUCCAGGCAGAGAUGGCCCUGAGCAAGGCGGUCAGGAAGGGUCUUGCCGCCGAGACUCACGUCUACACUGAAGACGAUGCGCGCUUCAUCCAUGGCUCCGGCAUUGUGAACGGUCACUGAUCACCUAGGUAUCUUUCGCCUGACCUAGUUAAGUUUGAGUGUUCAAACCUAGCUUGAGAGUAGAGAUUACUUGUGUGCCUUCAAUCGUUUAUCGAGUCUUUUGCACUCUUCGUGAUUGCUUGUUUAGGAUUGUGAGCCACACUGUUCGAGGAGUUUCUCUUGGACCGCUACGACAACAAGCGCCCUUCUGCGGGUCCCGAUAAACAUUGAAUACGUCUGUACUUUUAGCCAUGAUGCUUUUCAGUAAGUAGGUAACGAAAUUGAACCCCGAUUUGACACACUUGUCCUUGCUAUUUGAGUACCAUGUAAUCAUCAGUCGAGCCAGUGCGAGCUUUCUUGUCGCAUCGUGCUUCCAGGCUAUCUAUCCCACUUCCCCUUAAAUAGUUCUUGAACGCUGUGGACC